AUGUGGUGGUGCACGCUUACCGAUACGUUCACCUACAAGCUCUCGUCAAAGCACGAUCGGGAUCUACUCGAGCGCCAACGGAAACCGACGAAACGGAAAGUUCUACGGACGCUAAUGGCUGUUUUCGAUCCUCUUGGGUUAAAAUCGAACGUUCUCAUCUACCUCAAGGUUUUGUUUCAAGAGAUUUGGCGAGCUGGCAUCGGUUGGGACGACGUGAUACCAGAAAGUCUCAGCGAAAAGUGGGAGAAAUGGUUGGAGAUCCUACCAAAAGUCCAGGAUGUCAGCAUACCACGCUGCUAUCGCUCCCUGACGCAACUAGAUCCGCAAACAAACAUCCAAUUGCACACUUUCGUAGACGCUAGUCUCUCAGGUUACGCAGCUGUCGUAUAUCUACGCUUCGAGCAAGGAAACACAGUGGAAUGUGCUAUAGUCGGUGCUAAGACACGUGUGGCUCCCCUCAAAUUCGUAUCUAUUCCGAGCGAAAUUCUGAAAACAACAGAGGCAGCAGAUUGGGGACACAAGCGGUCGAAAGAAAAUGUCGCGGAUGACGCUACGAAAUGGCAGAGAGUGCCAGACUUAACCGAGAACACCAACCCGUAUCUAGAGGAAACUACCGACGAAGAACUACGAGCGAAUCUCUUCUUCCACCAGGCAGAACCUGCUCCAGUGAUAAACGUUCAAGAUUAUUCAUCACGGAAGCGCUUGUUGCGCGCAACCGCUACGGCAUUGAGGGCCGCAAACAACAUUCAGCGUAAUGCGGAUAGCAAGGAACACAUUACUGGACCAUUGUCCGCUGAGGAACUUCAAGAAGCCACUGUCUACCUGUAUCGACUGCCUCAAGCGGAGACCUUUCCGGAUGAGAUAGGAGAGCUCAGCGCAGGACGCAGAAAGAAGGCAUUGCCAAAAUCAAGUACAAUCUACACAUUCAACCCGUUCCUGGAUGAGCAGAAGGUACCACGGAUGCAUGGCAGAAUCAGUGCUUGCGAAUACGCUUCGAUGGAUGCAAAAAAUCCUAUUAUCCUUCCAAAAGAUCACCACGUUACGUGGCUGAUUGUUCAGGAUCGCCACGAACGCUAUCACCAUCAAAAUCACUCAACUGUCGUAAACGAGUUGCGGCAAACCUUCCGUAUACCAAAAAUUAGGCGACUGUUCCAGCGGGUCAGAACGAAUUGUCAGGAGUGCAAAAUCACAAGAGCUGCUCCACGUCCGCCUCCGAUGGGCGAUCUUCCUGCGGCAAGGCUGGCGGCUUUCACUAGACCAUUCUCGUUCAUUGGCAUCGAUUAUUUCGGGCCUAUGUUAGUGGUGAUAGGCCGUCGAACUGAAAAGCGGCGGGGGGUGCUAAUAACAUGCUUGACUAUACGGGCGGUAUAUAUAGAAAUCGCACAUUCGCUCGACGCGAAUUCGUGCAUUAUGGCAUUGAGAAAUUUCAUGGCACGGCGGGGCGUACCAAUACAAAUCUUUUCCGAUCGUGGUACCAACUUCACAGCGGCGAGCAAAGAGGUAAAGGCGGCACAGAAUGAACUCGAGGCGGCACUCAAGGCGAUGGAUCAAGCGAAGGUCAUUCGAGAAAUCACCAGUCCAGAGACGGAAUGGAAAUUCCUACCUCCGGCGUCCCCUCAUAUGGGAGGAGCCUGGGAAAGGCUGAUACAAUCGGUGAAGAAAAAUUUGGCGGCGAUGCAGCCAGGGUGGAAUCCAACGGAUGAAACUCUGCGCAACAUGUUGAUCGAGGUGGAAAAUGUCAUCAACUCCCGUCCAUUAACCUAUGUGCCCGUAGACGAUCCAGAGGCUCCAGUACUCACACCCAACCACUUCUUGUUGGGCUCUUCAAGUGGUCUCAAGCCGGCCACGAUCCUGGACGACAGCGCUUUGGUGCUUCGACGGUCCUGGUGUGCAUCACAGGUCGAAGCGAACAUCUUUUGGCGACGUUGGCUGCGUGACUACCUGCCGACAUCACAAAGAGAACGAAAUGAUCCAGGACUGCCAAGGAAUUGUUGGCCCAAGGGACGGAUAAUCUCCGUCAACAAAAGUAAGGAUGGACAGAUAAGGUCGGCAGCGGUACAGACCCAGGCGGGUAUUUACGAGCGACCAGUGACGAAGCUUGCUGUUUUGGAGGUUCGACGCGAUGAGGAGGUAAGCCAGGGACCUGGCGGGGAGUGUUACGACCCUUCGGUCGGCGCAUCUCACCUUGCAUCUUAG